AUGCGGAUGUUUAUAAGUGAGGCGCAUGCGAUUUUAUACGCGGCUCCAUCCCGAGGCUCUGCGUCGAAGUGUGCCGUUUUGCUGCCUUCGCUGCCUCGACUGCCGGCACCACUGCAGGCAGGCGGCCGUGUGAACUGGCCAUCAGUAUCUCGUUUGGCUUCUUCUCCUUCGAAUCCGCUCCACAUCACGAUCAUAAUGGCUAAGGGAAACAAUCCAAUAGAGGAAAAUACGACCCUGAUGAAUGGUAACAACAAGGCAGCCGACUAUGAUGAGUCCUUUUCCCGUUUUCUCUAUAACAAAGACAGAGGCACUGUGUUGGGCAGAACAGCGAAAUCAUGGUGUCAAAUUACCGUCUUCUAUAUAAUAUUUUACUCAUGCUUAGCAGCUUUCUGGAUCGCUUGCCUUGCGAUAUUUCUUAAUACGCUCGACUCAAAAGUGCCACGCUUUUAUGGUAAAGGCACCAUAAUCGGUAUCAACCCCGGAGUGGGCUAUCAGCCAUGGCUUAAAGAAAAUCCAGACUCGACUCUCAUAAAAUACAAUAUGAGGGAUGAACAGUCGUGGCAACCAUAUGUGAAGCAGUUGGAGGAGUACUUGAAGAAAUACAACGACAUUAAUGGUACGAGGGAAUGUGGUCCAGACGACAAUAAUAGUGAUCUCGUCAAUGACGGUGUUCUGCCAUGCCGCUUUGAAUUGACAAACUUCACAGCGGCCGGCUGUGGUCCAGACAAGCAGUACGGCUACGGAAGAGCUGGCAGUCCCUGCGUUGUUCUGUCGCUAAAUCGUUUGAUUGGAUGGCAGCCGGUAGACUACGCUCCAGAUUCCGUGCCUGAGAAUGUUAAGGGUCGCUACAGAAGUGGAUCUAUUGCGAUGUAUUGUGAUGGAGCUAACGAUCCCGAUAAGGAGCAUAUCGGCCGUCUGAAGUAUAUUCCAGAGCACGGAAUCGAUGGUAGAUAUUAUCCAUAUGUAUACGUCCCAAAUUAUCACCAGCCAAUUGCAAUGGUGAAAUUCGAAUCGUUGCCACGUAACAAACUCGUACUAGUGGAAUGUCGCGCAUACGCGCUCAACAUAGAGCACGACAUCACGUCGCGACUUGGUCUCGUACAUUUCGAGUUGUUCCUCGAGGACAAGGCUGUCGAAACGAAGCCAUCAUCAUUGUGA